ACUUAAUAAUAAUGUGUGUAUAGAGUGAAGUUAGAUAUAUUUAGAUUUAGUUGUCAAAAUAAGGUUAAGAAAAUAUGUCGAUAAUUAUUCGAAUAACUCGAAAUCAAGUGAAAUUAAAUCAGUGUUUAUUACGAAAUGCAUCACAGAGUGCUGAUAAAACAAAAACAUACGAUGAAAAUGAGUUUCGUGUACUUAACCUCAAAAAUACAAAAAAUCCAUCACUGCUGCGACGAAAACCAAAACCUGUAGGCGCUUUACCACCACGAGCAAAUCAAAUGGCUGUUGAUCAAGAUUGGCCAAGCGUAUGGCCCGGUCCGAAAACAUUUCAUCCAGCUAGUGUACCAUUACCGGUAAGACAAGGAUAUAAUGAAAAAGGAGCACCACCGGGCAAAAUUGGUAAUGCAGAGUUAAUGAAAAUACCAAAUUUUUUACAUUUAACACCACCAGCUAUCAAAAAACAUUGUGAAGUUUUAUCAAAAUUUUGUACACCAUGGCCAGCUAAUUUGGAUACGGAAGAAAAAUGUCGAAAACAUUUCCCUGUGAAAAUAAUUUCAUCUGAUUAUUGUCAUGCAUCACCGACAAUUCGAGAUCCUUUAGCAAGAAUUGUAUCAAUAAAAUUAAAAUUAGAGGAUUUGAAAUUAGAUUCACAUGCACGAGAUAAAUUUUUACGAUUAGUUGGUGAUCGCUAUGAUCCAGUAACAGAUGAAGUAACAAUUGUUACCGAUAGAUGUCCAACGAAAAAACAAAAUUACGAUUAUGCAAUUUAUUUGUUAACUGCUUUAUAUCAUGAAUCAUGUACAGUCGAAGAAUGGGAAAGUGAAAAAUCUGAAAGCGAUAUGGAAUAUUAUGAUUGGGAAACUAGUAAAGCAAAGAAAACAAUUGCAUUUAUAAGUGAAUGGUCAGCCGAUAAUACAGAUAUCAAUGUUGAUAAUGUAGAUGUCUCUACUAUACCCCAUGCUAAUGAAUACCGUGACAUUAUUACGGAGUUGAGAAAUAAUGGUGAAAAUGACUUAAUUUAUGAAAAAUAUGCAACAGUAACGAGAAAGUUAUUUAAUUUACCUCCGCCGUUGUAA